UCGACAGGUUUGGAUCGGAGUUGUAAAAUCUAUUGUUUGUAGAAAUUAUGGCGAACUACGAAAAUAUAGUCUUGGAUUUGGAACGCGAGGAAUUGGAGGAAUCAUUUCCAGAUGUUAAACUCUACAUUAAAUUGUUUGCCUGCUAUUUAGUGCAGAAUAAAUUAUAUGAUGCGAAAUUUCUUUGGAAACGUGUUCCACUUUCGUUUAAAACUGAAAACGAAGACCUUAACGAGCUAUACCUACUUCUGAAAGCUCUGAUCAGCAACAACAUUCAAGAUUUUCUUAAGCAUAUUAAAAGAGAUUGGCCAGAAGAAAUUAAAAGCAUUAUGGAUGACCUGCUACGAUCUGCGCAAGGGAAUGUGGUUAGCACAAUUGAGAAUGCAUAUACUUGGAUAGUCCGUGAAAAUCUAAUUGAAGCUAUUGAUGUAUAUCAAAACCAACUGACAGAAUGUUCAUCGAACAACAAAACCGGUGAUAAUCAAUCAAAUGUUUCACAUAUAAACACGGCGACCGUCAGUUCGGAACAUCAAUUAUCAAGAUUGACGGGAUUUGUCUCAUUUUUAGAAAAUUAAUCAUUUUGUAUAACGAAAAUCAACGAUAACAAACAGUAUCUAAUAAUAAUAAAAAGGCUUUAAAUAAGAA